AUGGCGUUUAAAGUGAGUGUCAGCGGCGCGUGGAGGGUGACGCGGACCGUGUGGCUGCUGCUGCUGGUCAGCCUGUCCGUGAGCAUCAGCGUGUGCCGAGCCGAGUAUCCCCUGGAGGAGCAGGACAGUGCCAUGGAGAACAUCGUCACGGAGAAGAAGGCUGAGGAGAGCCACCGGCAGGACAGCGCCGACCUGCUCAUCUUCAUCAUGCUCCUCACCCUCACCAUCCUCACCAUCUGGCUCUUCAAACACCGGCGCUUCAGGUUCCUGCACGAGACCGGGCUGGCCAUGAUUUAUGGUUUGAUUGUUGGCGUUAUCCUGCGGUACGGCAUUCACGUCCCUCGGGACAUUAGCAACGUCACGAUGAGCUGCCGGGUCAACGCCAGCCCCGCUACUCUGCUGGUUAACGUCAGCGGCAAAUUCUACGAGUACACUCUGAAAGGGGAGAUCCGGGGAGACGACGUGCAAGAUAAUGAGAUGCUGCGCAAAGUGACCUUUGACCCUGAAGUGUUCUUCAAUAUCCUCCUUCCACCCAUCAUCUUUCAUGCUGGAUACAGCUUGAAAAGGAGACAUUUCUUCCGUAACAUGGGAUCCAUCCUGGCGUAUGCCUUUCUGGGAACGGUCAUCUCCUGUUUUGUCAUUGGGUUGCUGAUGUACGGAUGUGUGACGCUCAUGAAGCAGGUGGAGCAGCUGGACGGAGACUUCUUCUUCACCGACUGUCUGUUCUUCGGAGCCAUCGUUUCUGCCACAGACCCUGUGACGGUUUUGGCCAUCUUCAAUGAGCUGCAGGUGGACGUGGAUCUGUACGCCUUGCUGUUCGGAGAGAGCGUCCUGAACGACGCCGUGGCCGUGGUUCUGUCCUCGUCCAUCGUGGCGUACCAGCCAGAGGGGGACAACAGCCACACCUUUGAGGUCAUGGCCAUGCUGAAGUCUUUCGGGAUUUUCCUGGGAGUUUUCAGCGGCUCCUUCGCUCUCGGGGUGGCCACCGGAGUCGUCACAGCUCUCGUGACCAAGUUCACCAAGCUGAGGGAUUUCCAGCUGCUGGAGACGGCUUUGUUCUUCCUCAUGUCGUGGAGCACCUUCCUGCUGGCUGAAGCUUGUGGUUUUACAGGUGUGGUGGCCGUGCUCUUCUGUGGAAUCACUCAGGCUCACUACACCUUCAACAACCUGUCCCCUGAAUCCCAGGACAGGACCAAGCAGCUGUUUGAACUCCUGAAUUUCCUGGCAGAAAACUUCAUUUUCUCCUACAUGGGUCUCACACUGUUCACCUUCCAGAGCCACGUCUUCAACCCCAUGUUCAUUGUUGGAGCUUUCAUCGCCGUGUUCCUGGGAAGAGCUGCAAACAUCUACCCUCUGUCAUUCCUUCUCAAUCUGGGACGACGAAACAAAAUCGGAUCCAACUUCCAGCACAUGAUGAUGUUUGCGGGCCUGCGAGGCGCGAUGACGUUCGCCCUGUCCAUCAGAGACACGGCCACGUACGCCCGGCAGAUGAUGUUCUCCACCACGCUGCUCAUCGUCUUCUUCACCGUGUGGGUCUGCGGCGGCGGCACCACUCAGAUGCUGUCCUGCCAGCGCAUUCGGGUGGGAGUGGACUCUGACCAGGAUAACUCUAUAAGCAUCACCGACGGCUCGGAGAGAAGAAGCACCAAACAGGAAAGUGCCUGGCUUUUCAGAAUCUGGUACAACUUCGAUCACAACUACCUGAAGCCCAUCCUGACUCACAGCGGCCCGCCGCUCACGGCCACGCUGCCGCCCUGCUGCGGCCCCCUCGCCCGCUUCCUCACCAGCCCUCAGGCCUACGAGAAUGAGUGCCAGCUGAAGGACGACGACUCCGACCUCAUCCUAACGGACGGCGACAUCAACCUGACCUACGGCGACAUCACGGUCAGCACGGACGCCACGGGCGCCCACACCAGCGGCGGCCCCGCGGCCCCCGACGACCUGGACAGGGAGCUGGCGUACGGGGACCACGAGCUGGUGAUGAGGGGGACGCGCCUGGUGCUGCCCAUGGACGACUCGGAGCCGCCGUUCACAGACCGCCGCAUGAGGAUGUGAUGAUCGCUCCGAGCCAGAACCGCCGUCCGACUCCAACUGACCCGAGCCAACGAGCAGAAGGCCCCACUCUUCUCCUCUCCCUCUCCAUCCACUCUUCUUCCGCUCUUUUUCUUUUGCUCCUGCCGUCCUCUGUCCCCCCCCCCCCCCUCCACACACACACACCCACAUCUUCCCGCUUCCUCUACAGACAAAUCACUUUCUCUACCUCAUUGUCUUUCUGCUCAUUUCCACACCUUUCUGCCAUCACUGUAAAAUAGACAUAUUUAUUUGCAGGGUUCUUUGGUACUAAACUGAAGGUCAGUUUUACUUCGUUAUGCUUAAAUUUGUGCGUCAGUCACCUUACUGUAGCAUUGCACAGAGGCCUAGCAGCAUGUGUUAGUGUGUAAAUGCAAGUACCAACCAAUAGAUAAUUCGUUGAUGUACAGUAUAUCCCAAGAGUACUAUAACUUUGAUAUGCAUGCUGAGGAUGCUUGUCGUUUUCUUCGUGUUGGAGAUGAGAGGAGUUUGUGUUUCUUUUUUUGUUUUUGUUUUUUGGGGGGGUCUGACCUUGAAUGUUGCUGCCUUCUCUCUGUGCACCAGAGGCAAGCUGACCCAGUGGACAACUUCACUGUACAUUCGGUUACAAUCAAGUGCCUGGGAAUUGUAGUUUUAAGCAUGGCGGCCCAAUACUGGUUCACCUCUGGCAAGCAGAGCCAUCGCAGUUUGGGCAGUCAUUCCGUUUUUUUCCUUUGUAAAAAAGAAAAAAAAAAAAUCUCCUAAAAACAAAGCAGACACCUCUGUCCGUACAGUAGCAAUAUACUCGGUGGGUGUUUGAGCUGUCAGUUUGUGCUCUCUGCUUGUAAAUAGUGUGUAACGACGUGACGCCACUGAUGCGGUGCAGCCUGGCAGUGAAAGUCGUGGAUCUCUCCCCAAUGACCUUUUUGACUGUGACACAGAGAGAGAGACUUCACACCCUAUUCUAGAAGCUGGUGUCGCUCACAGCAGAACGAAGGGCUGUUGUUUCCAAAACGAGAUCCUAACCAGUCAAACUUACAGUGCCAUUUCUCUCCUGCAUUUUUGCCAUUUUCUGAAAGCGGAAUGCAGACGACCUUAAAGUGUUUUGUAUUGUUUUUGCAACAGAGCUGAGAUACUUUUAGCCGAGUCACGUAUUUCAUAUCCAUUUAGUUUUGUGUACACAUUUUCUAUUGACGACUGUGGCGUUGACUACGAAUCAUAUUUUUUUCCAUUUCAUUAACUUUUUAAAAAGUAGAGAUACCCAGAUUUGAAAGUAAAAGAUCCUUCCUGUCACGUCAGCAGUAAGUACACAUGAUUUUAUUCAAAUAUUUUGGGGAAUUAGAGACUGAUUGUGGGCAUAACAGUUUUUUUUUUAGGGCUUUUUGCUAAUUAAUCUGUUUUUUAAAAUGUAGAAAUUCUGACUGUAAGCUAAGACAAUUUUUCUUGUCUUGCUUUGUCAGAUUGACAGAUGAAAGUCAAGAAGUCCAGUUAGCCACAUAGCAUGAAGUCAUAUUUUAAAAAAGAAAAAAAAAACACUCAAGAGUUGAGCAGAUAUCACAUCUGGCUAAAAUAUGACUAAAGCUUAUAUGCUGUGAGACUAUAUUACCUUUACAUUUACACAAAAAUACAACAAAUUAUUAAUCAUCGUCAGAAUUGUUAUUAAGUGAAUACCUGCUGCAGCCCGGCCUUUCUAUUUAAAGACUUGUGACUUUUCUAGCGAGUAGAAGCCCCACUUGAUUAUUGCUCUGAUGACUACAUCCCUGACCUGAGCAGAUUCUUACGGUUUAAAUGUGAAAUAAGAACAAGAGUCAUCUUAAUGCUGGAGGUGUGUCUCUGCUGUGAAUGAGACGUAGUCGCCGGUCAGCGGUUGGACGGUGAAGCUGGGCCGUAACGGCGUAAAUCCACCGAAAGCCGUGGAGAGAAACUAUUUUAAGGGCACUCGUGGUGAGACGCGUCACAUUUGACUUGCAGUCAUAUCUCCGUGCAUCUCUGCCGAAGUUAUUUCGGUACGAGAACGGAAGGCUUUGUGCCGGGUGCAGCGCAGCAGCUGUUAACGCGGGUUUAACAGGAAGUGUUGAUAGGACGUCGCCGUGGCAACACUGUGUUAAUGUAGACCGAAGCCAGAAAAUGUUUGGUGAUUUAGCUGAACACAACAGCUUUGUUUAGUUUUAGUUUUUUGUUUUUUUUUGGCCUUUCGGUGAGCCAAAGAAAGGGGGGAAAAAACUAGAGGUGUGCUAAAUGGAUGCAAGACAACAAUAUGGAUGAUGAUGAUGAUGAUGAUGAAGCUCUGGUAACGUGAGGGAGGUGAGCCCUGUGUGUGUAUGUGUGUGUGUUUUAGGGAUAAUAUAAAGGUGGAAGGAGGAGCCGGCGUUUGGACAUCCGCUUUGCCUUCCACAGUUAUCUUCUGCUGUGCAGGAACAUUUAUUUUAAACUUUUUUUCUCUCUCUCUUUUUUUUUUUUUUUUUUAAUAUUCAGGCAUUCCUCCUGUCACCACAUGAUCCACCACAUGACAUGCUUUGUGUAGCUGAAUAUUUUUUGAAAGAAGGGAAACAGUUCAGUAAAAAAAGAAGAGAAAUGCUGAGAACAUUGCACUCCAAUAGUAAGAAUGUUGUGACGUUUUAUUGUUUUAUGUUUCAUUAACAGCUGCUUUGUUAUUAUUCUGUUUGAGUUUUGCGGGGUUGCUGGAAAAUUAGCACAUGUAUGUAAGUUACUGUCAUGGGAAAGUGUUGAGUAAAAAAAAAAAAAAAAAAAGAUCUAUUGUGUUACUUCAAAAGAGAGCCUCACGGUGCGGCGGCGACGGUCCGGAUGGUUCCGGCCGCCGGCUCAGAGCGUCACCAUUCAGGUACUUUAUGUUUGUGACGAGCUGCUGUUUGAAUGCUGGCUGCGACGACUUCUGCAGAGCCUCAAUCAUUCGUCCUCCACCGAUCCUGGACUCUCUGGUGGGGGUGUUUAAACUGACACAUGAAAUAAUCUGACAUCAGCAAGAAGAACAAAUCGCCGUUGGUGUUUUGGCGUCUGCUCUGCCGGCCCGUGUUCCGUCUCUGUUCUCUGAAUGGUGACUCGUGAUAAGCUUUGAUCGUUGGAAAUCUCGUCUGAAGUAGCUGACCAAAGAGGCCUGCUGUGCUUUUGUGUUUUUCAGACAGUCCCUUCAAUCUUUAUACUGCAAAUUCUCCGUGUGGAUGGACGUGUGAGUUUAAUGCCUGCAGAGUGCACGUGGUUGCACAUACGUGUGUUUUUGCGCGAGUGAGAAAAGAGACGCCGUGUCCUCUCUUCUGUAUUGCAGGACUGUUUACAUCUGUGUAAAUAUACUAUCACCUGUUUGUGUGCGUGCAACAGUCAAUAAACAGAAGCCUGUGCUUUUGAUUAAA